CGUUGCGUUCUCUUUCGGCUGCCAUCAUGGCCCUUGUAAUUCCCGAGAAGUUUCAGCAUAUUUUGCGUGUACUGAACACCAACAUCGAUGGAAAACAAAAAAUUAUGUUCGCACUAACUUCCAUCAAGGGUGUGGGACGAAGGUAUGCCAACCUUGUAUGUAAGAAGGCUGACGUUGAUAUGAACAAACGUGCUGGAGAGCUCACAGAUGAUGAGGUGGAGCGCGUGGUAACUAUCAUGCAGAACCCACGCCAGUACAAGAUUCCCGAUUGGUUUCUUAAUAGGCAGAAGGACAUCAGAGAUGGCAAGUACUCACAGAUCCUUGCCAACAAUCUUGAGAGCAAGCUCCGUGAUGAUUUGGAAAGGUUAAAGAAGAUCCGUGCUCAUCGUGGGCUCCGUCAUUACUGGGGUCUGCGUGUGCGCGGUCAGCACACCAAGACCACUGGUCGCAAGGGUAGAACUGUUGGUGUGGCCAAGAAGAAGAACUAAAAGUACAAUGUUCUGUUAAUUGUAAUAAAGAACACUUAGAUCACCAA